CGGCGCGCGCAUGCGCAGGGGGGCGAGGGCGCGCGCGGCGGGACCUAGCGUUGCCUCUGGCAACUACCCAGCGCUUCUACGACCAGAGUUGGGUAAGGACUUGACGAUUGAAGAUGGCGGAGGACCUGGACGAGCUCUUGGAUGAGGUCGAGUCCAAGUUUUGCAGACCAGACCCACUGAGACUGGACAUGGUCGAGCGACCCAGAGGCGGCAGCGGCGGCGGCGUCCUGAGCAACGACCGGAACCGGGCCGGGGAGAAAGAGAAUCUCAGAUCAACAGAAGCAUUUAAAAAAGAAGAUGAUCUUGACAGUCUUAUUAAUGAAAUAUUUGAAGAGCCCAACUUUGACAAAAAACACUUUAAAUUAAAAUCUAAAUCUUCAGGUAACACGUCUGUCAGAGCUUCCAUCCGAGGUCUUGGUAAGAGUUGCAGCCCAGUGUACCUUGGUGGAAGCGCUGUUCCAUGUGGGAUUGGAACAAAUACUUCACAGAGAGACAAGAAGGGAACACACAUGGAAUUUGCAUAUAUGCACGGAGCGUGUGACCGUUUGCGUUGUGUGGCCUGCGACUUCUGGGUAGUAAGCUACGAUGACCGCAGGUGGGACGGAUCGUGCGAUUACCUGUUUUUCAGGAACAAUAUGCCAGAAUUCCACAAAUUGAAAACAAAGUUGGUAAAGAAGAAAGGAACACGGGCAUACGCCUGCCAGUGUAGCUGGAGAACUAUUGAGGACCUGACUGACCUUCAGACCGAUCAUCAGCUUCGUUGGGUUUGUGGUAAACACUGAGAAUACAGACUCUUCACAUUCAGACAGAUGCGUCCAUGAGAGCAGUCUCCAUUAAUCACGCAGUAUUUGGGUAAAGGUGCACAGCCACAUCAGGCCCUUGGUAACAGACAGGGAAUUGCAUUUAAUGGCUGUACGGCUUUUCAAAGACCAGAUGGACUUGGGAAGAUAAUGUGUGUUAACAUUUUGGAGUUAUUUCUUGUUGCUAUAUGGACAUCUCACUUAGUAAGUAAGAUAACACGUUAUCCAAGUACUUUGCUAGCCUAUCUCCUGUUAAAUAGAAGUUUAAUUGUGGAGUUUCAUACAAAUACAUAGCCAUUCAGUAGCCACUGCAGUAUUCCUGACCGCUAAUACACUUAGCAUAGACGUUCCUCGUCUAUAGAAGUUAAAGGGGAUAAAGCCGGCUCGUGCAGGGAGGCCCUCUAGGGGUGUGUACAUCACCUCCUCUGGUCACAUCUGCAGUUAUCAAAGGUCAUAACUUAAGUAUGUCAGAGACCGUGUGGCCAGUGGCUAGUUGAAGGGUUUUGAGAGUAUAGGUAUAUUGUAAAUGAAAACACUGCCCAUAUCUGAUCUUACUUCACCAGUUCAGAGUGGUACUAUGCAUAAUGGUAUGUAUAUAUUACCAGUUUUAGCUUAUUUCUCCUUUUGUUCAUUUAGAUAUCAAAAGUUAAUUUAGUUUGCUAUUUUAGCAAAUAUUCAUUUAUAUAUAAGAAAAAUUUGACACAUCUAAAAUCACAAGGAAAAGUUCUAAUACAGACAGGUCACUGUUGGGUUUUCCACAUACGUUCUUUAAUGCCCUAAAACUCCAUCAAAUAAAGUGAACAGCAAGUAAGAUACUUUCUGAGUCAGCCUGUGCAUUUUUCUGGUAGGAUCAGGCUGAUACACUAUUAGGGGAGUGCAUGAAAAGAGAAAUAAAGCAAAGCUGAACCAACAAGUAGCCUGCUGGGCUCCUUCUUUGAUGUCACCAUGACUUGAGGAACCCUGCAAUAGCAGCACACUCAGAAAAUCAAUUGCCUCAAAAUGACCAGCUCUCAGCCCCAUCAAGAGAUUCUCGGGGCUUUCCAGUCUUCCAAUCUGCCAGAAGCUCUUUACCACAUGUGUCUCAUAUGUGGUUCAGAUGUGUGACAGAAGGCUUGCUGAAAGGGGGUAAUUGAAGUGAAGUUAUAUGAUCUGCUUAGUCUUAUGCUGAAUCUGCUCCAGCCAUUUUACUUAAACAAAGAAAGAUCUGGUUAUUAGAAUCCUCCUAACCAUGACACAUUUGUAUAGCCAGUAAGUCUAGAAUUCCAACAGACAGGUCUCAUUGUGGCAGAAGCUCAUAUUUUUGUCUUAAGAAUAUGUUUACAGACCUUAACUUACGAUAAAAAUUUUUUACUCCCUAAAAUUUUAUUUCAUCUGUAAUUGUAUCAGGAACAUAGGGGAAUUUGGAUUGAAGUCACCUAUUUCAAAAAUUAGCAGAGCAACAAGAUCCACACAUUGAGAACCUCAUGGAAUUUGGCACAUUUAAUCAUAAUGGUGAUUUUUUUUUUAGUUUAAAUGAGCAAAUUUACUAAAUUAUGGAUUUGAAAUAUUUUCCUCUUUUAUUAUUUCAUCAUAAUUAUUCUGUAACUUGUAUGUGUUGUCCAUGAUUGGCAUUCCAUAACAGGAUAAUUGUAAUAAUUCCCCAAUGUCAGAAAUGUAUAAAUGAGUUCACAUUUUGUUGGCAAUUUACUUUAUAAGCUUUUGAAUAUUGUCCAAUUUUUAAUCUAAAAUGUAGAAAGAAUACUAUUUCUAUACAAAUGGAUAAACUUUAUUACCAGUUGAAUUUAAGCCAAAAUGCAACUAUUUUAGUAUCAAUGUAGAAGAAAAGUAUAGUUGCUAAUCAACUAUAAUUUUAAAAUGCAAAAUCUGUGCAACUUUUGGGACAUUUUGUUGAUUUGUUUUCAAUAUUUAUCAUUUCUACCUUUAGCAAGUAUCUAUUUUUUAUCAAGCCAGGUAGCUAUUUAAUUUGAACUGUAUUGUACUCAGGCCCUUACCUUGCCUAGAAGUGAAUAAAUAAUAGUUUUACUCUGUAUAUAGUUACUUUGUUUAAUAAUAAAAUAUUCAUAUGGGGAUUAAUUUGAAAUAA